AUGCAAGGCGUUAGGGAUAAGUCGUUUCUGGCAUCCUUGGACAAGAAUCCCCUUGAGACUUUGGCUAAAUUCAUGACUCGGUCAGAUAAAUACGCGAAUGCCGAGGAAACAAAAAACUUGCGUGAGGCCGCCCAGAACGUAAAAAUCUCAGUCAAAGAAUCAACCAAAAAGGAAGUUGACUCUGCUGGAGGAAAGAAGCGUAAGGAAGACCGAACACGCGAUGAACGAAAGUCGGGCAAGCGACCCGACCGAAGGUUUUCUACAUACACCUCGCUUAAUAAACCUCAAGAGCAGGUGCUGAUGGAAAUCAAGAGUGAAGGAUUUGUUAGCUGGCCGAAUAAGCUUCGGAGUAAUCCAAACCGGUGGAAUAAUGAUAAAUAUUGUCACUACCAUCGCGAUCAUGGCCACAGUACGAGUGAUUGCUAUCACUUGCAGGAAGAGAUCGAAAGGCUUACCCGAGAAGGCCGGCUCAGAGAACACGUCGAAAGAACCGGGACAGUGGAAGAACGCUCGGGGGACAACCGACCCACGGAAGAAAUUCGGACUAUUGUCGAUGGUCCCCGCGGCAGAGGCGACUCAAAUAAUGCUUGGAAAAGUCAUGUCAAGAGCAUCAGUCGACCCGAGUCCGAGAUCCUGAUCAUAGCUCGGCCUUCGAAGGAAAAGAAGAAAGAAAAAUAUUGCAUCUCGUUUACCGAUGAAGAUGCUCGACGCAUUCAUCAUCCUCAUGAUGACGCAUUAGUUAUCACUCUAACCAUCGCAAACCGAAGGGUGUUCCACAUAAUCAUCGACACAGGAUCAUCUACUGACGUACUGUUCACUCACGCAUUCAACAAAAUGAGUAUUGAACGAUCGACCUUACGGCCGGUGCGUACCCCAUUGAUCAGAUUCUCGGGAGGACAGAUACUCCCAGAAGGUAUCAUUUCGCUGUCACUUACUGCUGGAAGCCCUCCGCAACAGGCGACAGUAAUGGUCGACUUUUUGAUAAUCGAUCAGUCGUCCGUUUAUAAUGCGAUACUUGGCCGACCCUCUCUGAGUCUCCUCUAA